UGAUCCAGCAUUCUUCAAGGACCCCUAAUGAACAAUCGGUCACAGACAGCACAUUUAGAUGAAAUUCAUUUGAAAUUAAACUACGCCUGCUUGAUUUUGCUCCUAAUACCAAAGCACGCUAGUACUAAAAAAUGACCAAGAAGAGGAAAAGACAAGAUGAUUUUCACAAAGUCAAACUAAAAGUUGGCAAGAAGAAGCACAAGGCUGAGAAUGCAACUAACAUCAACUUCAAAUCGAAGAGCAUCCAUUUACCGGAGCAGCUGAAGUGUGAUGGCAGUGGACCCACAACACACCGACAGCUCAGCAUUAAGGACCUGCUGUCCCAGCUGCACCACUACAACAGCAAUGUGAAGCAGGGGGCUCUGGUGGGAUUGCGGGAGCUGCUUUCUUCAAACCCUUCUUUGGUGGAGCAGCACGCAUCUGUUGUGCUGACCGAAGUGGCUGCGCUCUUCACAGACAAGGAUGCUGCAGUGCGGGUGGCGGCAGUGCGUGUCCUCCGUUUUGUGGCUCAGUGCAUCCCUGCCGAACGCGUGGCACCCUUCUUCCCCCUCCUUAGUGCCCACCUCACGUGUGCCAUGACCCACAUCUCAGCGGGCAUCCAGGAGGAUGCCCUACGGGUGCUUGAUGUGCUGCUGGAACACUAUCCUGCCCUGCUGUCCCAGCGGCCCACAGUGCUGCUGACCAACUUCCUGGAGCUUAUCUCACAGAGGCGAUUAGGUGGGACCAAGGGGGACAGAACAGGGAAGGGGAACUAUGCUCUGUCCAUUACAACCAGCCGCUCAGUAACAGCGCAGCAGUGGAGACUCACUGUCCUGCUCAGGUUAGGCCACUUUCUUCAGGCUGUGGUGGAGGAGAGGCCUAUGGAAGAUGGAGUAUCAUGUGCUGGUGGAAUUGGGAUAUGGAGUGGAGAGAAAGGAGUUGUCACACCAGUGGAAGUCAGCUGGGAGGAGCAGGUCUUCAGUAAAGGAGGAAUCCGAGUGUUUGAGAAUUCCGGGGCCAAGCCCACACUGCACUCCACCUACCGGCUAAGGCCAAAUUCAGAGCCUGGGGCUGGACUGAGUGAGGGUCUGUGCUCAGCAGAGACAGUACAGGGCUUUGCAGGGACACUGGUGCCACUGCUUUUGGAGAUGUGGGUGGAGGCCAUGGGUGGAGACAGAUCCCAGGCUGACCACGGCCAUCUGCUUACAGAGGAGUCCAUGGCACUCAUGUUCCAAAUCCUCACAAUACUGCAGCUUCUGCGCCGACUGGUACCUCAGAUGGACCAACAGGAUAUGCUUGAUGCCUGGUUUCGGAACUUGUAUCUGAGCGACUUCAAGCAGCAUUUCAUGAAGAACUUUCCGUACAGUCAGCUGGAAGUAGUCCGACACAAGAAGAAAACUGAUAUGAAGAGGGGCCGGCAGCAGGUGGUGGGUGGAGCUGUUGCUGGGGGUAACGUGGAACCACUGGCUCUGAAUGUCAUGCUGUGUCAGGUGAUGGUGACACUAAGCCUGAGGGGGCGGGACCACGUCGCUGGCCAGGAUGCCGACUGGCUUGGGCCAAUCCGAGCUUUCGUCACAGACGCUCUGUCCAGCGGGGGCAAGCUGAGCUCUAAGCACCUAGCUGCUCUGCUGGAGGUGGUCUGGAGGAUGAUCGUCACCCAGAGAAGCCGUGCGGUGACGGAGGAGUUGCUGCAGGCUGUCUAUAUUCAGUAUCAGCAGAAGAACUUAGGCCUGACUAUCCGCACCCUUCUGCUGCAUUUCUUUAGCCAACUCUACAUACAGGAACAUCAGAAGCAGCCUCAUAUCGCCAGGAGCAGGAUUUUGGCUCGUUGGUUGGCUUCAUUGCCAGUACAGUUAGUGCAGCUGGGUAGUCGUAAUCCCCAACUUUCAGGGCAGCUCCUGCAGACAGUGCAGUCAGCUGCAGCAUGGGGCCACAAAGACUUACUGCUCAGUCUCCAGACACACGCAUGCAGCCUCUAUGAUCCUCAUGAGGGCUGUGUUGUAGUACUGCCGGUGGAGCAGCAGCAGCAGUUGGUUCAGAUUCUCUACUUCCUGCCUGCUUUUCCCACUGAUGUCCUGGCCUGCCUCAGUCAAGUUUGCAACGCUGGCAGAGUCUCAACGAGCCUAGCUGCCAUGCUCAUCCGCACCGUAUACCUGAGGUCUCCUCUAAGUGGCUGGACGAGCAGUUCACAGGAUGUGCCAGUGAGAGACGUGGAUUACCUCAGUUUCCUCUUCUCCACUCUGACAGGUUUCUCCUCUGAAAGUCUGAGACUGCUCCAGCAGGCAGAUGAACAAGGCCUACUGGCCUCCUCGGCCCUCUCACCCCUCAGUGUGUUCACCACCCCACUCGAGCAGUUCACACAUCACUGGGACGUAGUUGAGGAGGUGUGUCACUGCUUGGAAACUUUGGGCUCACGGACUCAGUGCUUUGAAAUACUACAAAAUGCCAUCGCCAAGAACCUUUGUGGGCUAGUGGUGGUGCCAGACUGUGUGUGUGCUGCAGUUCUAAGGUGUGUUCCGCGCCUGCUGGACCUCAACUUCCUGCCCAGCGACACACUCCUCCACUUCCUGUCCGACUGCUGCCUGAGCAUGCUCAGUCUGCUGCUACAGCUUGAGCAAAGUGCCCGUAAGAGAGAUGCAGUUUGGGAAGCAUGUUUCGCUGCGCUGAGCACAGUGCCUCGGCUGUUGCGGUUGGUGCUGCAGUCCCUGCGUGUGUGUGAGCUGUCCGAGUCGGAGCUCCCCCUGCUGGCUCAGAUCCUCUCGCUGCUCCUGCAGCACACGCAGCUCCGCAACCACAUGGCUGCCAACAGCGCCCUGCUGCAGACCAUCAUACAGGACCUGACGCGCUUCUCUGGGGGUGAGAGUCGGGAGCAGUGGCUGACUGACCUGCUCUACUGCUACAGUGUGACCAUGUCCACUCACCGAGCCAACAUGGCCACCAGGGACAUCUACUAAGCAGUACUGGGAUUCAGUGUUUUUCCUCUCAGUCUCUUUAGUCUAUUCUUUUGAUUUUCAAAUUUUUUUAAUAUGGGGGAAAAAAAUAAACCUGUUGUGAUAAUUACUUCAA